CUUAGGGCUCGCCCGCGGGUGCCAGCCGUGCGUUCCCGCGGUUCCUCCUCCCUCCAGCGUGCGAUCCUCUAGCUGCUGGCACUGCGGGACGUGCUGGCACCGCCAGCUUGGCCAGCAUCGUGUCUCUGCGGACCUCUCUCCCUCCAGGGGCCCCCUCCUUCGGUGUGGCCGCGCAUCCACUCCCUCCUUGCUCCCUCCUCUCCAGCUCUCCCAGGCUCACUCGCACCGGAGACCGGAGUCGGCAAGCAGCCCUAUCCGUUUUAAGUGGGAACCGCUCCAGCCCCCGCCAGCUGCAGCCAACGCCCCCACCCCCCACCCCAAAACUUCACAAACGCAGGUUGGGUCGCUGCGGCAGGAGUUGCACCACCAGAGAGAAGGUCCUGAGCAGCAGCAUGGCCCGGAGAAGUGCUGUCCCAGCUUUCGCGCUCCGGCUCUGGAGCAUCCUACCUUGCCUGCUGCUCCUGCGAGCAGAUGCCGGGCAGCCAGAGGAGAGCUUGUACCUGUGGAUCGACGCCCAUCAAGCGAGGGUGCUCAUAGGGUUUGAAGAGGAUAUUCUGAUUGUCUCAGAGGGGAAAAUGGCCCCCUUCACACAUGAUUUCAGGAAAGCCCAACAAAGAAUGCCAGCCAUUCCCGUCAAUAUCCACUCCAUGAAUUUUACCUGGCAAGCUGCGGGGCAGGCUGAAUACUUCUAUGAGUUCCUGUCUCUUCGCUCCCUGGAUAAAGGCAUCAUGGCAGACCCAACUGUCAAUGUCCCUCUGCUGGGAACAGUGCCUCACAAGGCAUCAGUUGUUCAAGUUGGCUUCCCGUGUCUCGGCAAACAGGACGGCGUGGCCGCAUUUGAGGUGAAUGUGAUCGUCAUGAACUCUGAAGGCAACACCAUCCUUCAGACCCCUCAAAAUGCCAUCUUCUUUAAGACUUGUCAGCAAGCCGAGUGUCCCGGAGGGUGUCGAAAUGGAGGCUUCUGUAACGAAAGGCGGGUCUGUGAGUGUCCUGAUGGGUUCUACGGGCCUCACUGUGAGAAAGCUCUCUGCGUACCUCGAUGUAUGAACGGCGGACUCUGUGUCACCCCUGGGUUUUGUAUCUGCCCGCCUGGAUUCUAUGGCGUCAACUGCGAUAAAGCGAACUGCUCAACUACCUGCUUUAAUGGCGGCACCUGCUUUUACCCCGGCAAAUGCAUUUGCCCUCCAGGACUCCAGGGAGAGCAGUGUGAAAUGAGCAAAUGCCCACAACCCUGCCGAAAUGGAGGUAAAUGCAUUGGUAAAAGCAAAUGUAAGUGUCCCAAGGGUUACCAAGGAGACCUCUGUUCUAAGCCGGUCUGCGAGCCUGGCUGCGGCGCUCACGGGACCUGCCACGAACCCAACAAAUGCCAAUGUCGAGAAGGCUGGCACGGGAGACACUGUAAUAAAAGGUACGGAGCCAGCCUCAUGCAUGCCCCGAGGCCAGCAGGCGCCAGGCAGGAGCAGCGCACGCCCUCACUUAAAAAGGCCGAGGCGCGGCGGGAUCCACCUGAAUCCAAUUACAUCUGGUGAACUCCACCAGCUGAAACGGUUCGCGUUACACCAAGUUCAUAGCCUUUGUUAACCUUUCAUGUGUCGAAUGUUCAAAUGAUGUUCAUUACACUUUAGAAUACUGGCCUGAAUUUUAUUAGCUUUGUCUUAAAUCACUGGGCUGAUAUUUACUCUUUCUUUUAGGUUUUCUAAGUAUGUCUAGCAUGAUGGUAUAGAUUUUCCUCUUUCAGUCCUUUGGAACAGAUCUUACAUCAGUUGGUCAGGUUAAAAAUUUGUCUUUUUGGUGUGUAGUUGGCAGAUAUUUGCAAAAUUCCAACACAUUUGUGCUAUUAGGGUGGGGAAGACUAGAGGCUGAACUGAGUAUGAUACAUAAAUCACAAGGGUUUAGAUAAAGCAGUUAAUAGUGUUGAAGCUACAGGAUUUCAAAUUUUAUUGUCAAAUAUCUGAACAUUUGUCUAACUAAUAUUUCAAUUGCCCUCCCUGACUUGAGGUGCAUACAAUAUUAUUUCACCCUUACUAUUAUUCUAGACAGUUUAGUUUUGAGGGGGAACAAAGUCAAAAAAUUUACACUGUGUUAGUGGCAUUGAGACAAUAUAAUAUAUUGUAAACACAACGAAAUAAGGAAUAUAAUGUAUGAAGUCUUUUCAUUGGAUGGAAGCAAUAUAAUAUAUUGUAAAUGAAACACAGCUCUUACGUAAUAAACAUUUUAUAACUGUUUGUAUGUAUAAAAAAAGGUGCAGCGUUUAUUUUC